AUGAUUAUUGACUAUUUCAAUCACCUUUUCUUCCGUCGUCGUCGGCGGCAGAGCAAUGUCAGCAACCAUUCCUCAUCUACCACCGGCGACGAGGCCAUGAUGAUGCCGUCGUCAUCGUCGUCAGCUACAAGCGGUUCACCAACCCUCCUACCACCACCACCAUACACGGAGCAAUCACAGCCAGCGCUGGACCCGCUACCUGCGUCAGACCCUCCUUCACAUGACAAGAUGGACCCUCCUUCUGAUAAUAAUACGGACCCUCCUUCCCAUGAUAAGAUGGACUCUCCUUCCCAUGAUAAGAUGGAUACUCCUUCCCAUGAUAAUACAGAUCCUCCUUCCCAUGAUAAUAUGGACCCUCCUUCUCAUGAAAACAUGGACCCACUCAUUGCGGCAUCAUGGCACAACCAACAGCUAAGCCCGCUCCACCGCCUUCCGGACGCCGUUCUCACCAAGAUCAUCCACAUGCUCGACAGCAACGCAGACGUGGAGUGUCUUCGCCGUGUGGCCCGCCACUUUCCAGCCCUUUGCGCUCCUGUCAUCCUCAAGCGUCAGCGCACCUACCUGCCAAAAGACAACGAGGGACCCUUCACGUGGCCGCGCUUUUACUCUAUAGAGCACUUUGGCUACCACACCGAGUUCCACCUCCAAAUCGAGGGCUACGGUGGCCCGUGGCAUGUGAACGACCGACCUGACCUGCUUCACAGACUAGGCAGGGACGCGUACUGCGCUGGGUGCCUUGCGGCGGCCAGCAACAAAAAGCACUGGGAGCACCGGGUCGAGCGGCUGCGCAAAUAUCUUUACUGCUCUGGAUGCCAAGCUGACCACCCGGCCUGUCUCUUCGAUCCGGCGGACCGUGGCGCGAUUCACCGGAAUUUUCGGAAGUGUAUUGCCCACCGGGGGUUUCUCCGAUCUUGCGCCCAUGACAGCGGGGUGAUAUACCUAUCCGACGUGGAGGAAAUGAGACGCAAAAUCAAGGCUGGAUCGGACGUGUGGAAGUGGAGUAAGGCUGAAUUUCAGUGCAAGGACACCAGCCACCUUGUAGCAUGCGAGGAUUCCAGAUGGAGGCUUGAGGGCGACCCGCGCGCAUCAGAUCCCUACAGCAGCAUGGACUGCCCGUGUGUCGACUGGCCGUACCCGACUGUCCGCCUCUCCAGCCCGUUCAGACUCACCAUGUAUUGGACUACACACCUGCCUAUUGGACUAGAGAACUGGCCCCCCAGCGCCGAGGCCCUGAGGACUCAGCUCCUGAGCAAACUUCGUGAUGGCGAUAAUGCUGGGCGGUUCCUCUUCCCACACUUAGCCCCCGGGAUGGCUCCCCCGGAGUUCCGUUGUUUCGAUCCCAACGCCUGCAAUUGUAUUCGUUUCGAGGGCCUGCACGAGACCGGCUGGCGGAUCUGCCAACCUUUGGACCCCAAGAAGACAUGCCGCAUGAACCCUGCGAGACGACUGGGCGACUCAUGA